AUGAUCUGCUCCAUUUCCCAUGCGUGGGAAACGCGUGAGCAUCCUGACCCAUGUCUUUUUCAGUUGAAGAACCUAGUAAACGGUCUUUCCCUGUACGAUGCCGCUUACUUCUCUGAGAUUUGGGUAUUCUAUGAUUACGUGUCACUGUUUCAGUGGCAGCGAAAGACAACAGUGCAAGAGAGAAGUUUCCGCCGUGCCAUGGGAAACAUGCAUCUUAUGUACGCCCACCAAAGCAGUCUCACCUUUCGGCUAGAAUGUCUCACCCCGCCAGAUGUUUGGGCCGCCGCGUGCGAUGAUGAGACCUUCAAGGUCCCCGUGUAUCACGAGCCAAGUGGAACCGUUGUCUUCAUCCCUCUAAGAGACUUGAUGGCGAAUGGUGUCGUCUACAAUGGCCGAGGGUGGUGCAUAGCGGAAAAGGAAUGGUCCGCUGCCAGGAGCGUCUUGGGACAAAAUAUGGUCAUGGAUGGUGAGGCCGAUGAUGAAUCAGGAGACCAGGAGACCAAGAAGGUCCCGACUGCGCCAGAUGGAUUCAUCCGUCAAAUGGAGACUUCCAACUUCACUCACAGGAAUGAUCAGAAAGAUGUGGUCCACCUGCAAGAGAAGAUAUUUUACGAGAAAGUGACGGCGCGAAAGUACCUGAAGUUAAGUGAUUUGACCCAGGCUCACUUGGUGGAGCUCACAGGAUCCCUGCCGCACUACCAGAAUCUCCAGGUCUUAAAGAUCGAACUUUUUACUGGAGAGAAGGAACAGGUCAUUGCUUUCGUUCAGGCUUUGAGCACUCUGCCGUUGCAGAAGCUGCUCCUAAAGAAUCUACGAGGUCCUGAAGGGAUUGGAAAUGUCCUGGCUGAGGCCUUGGCCGCGAUCCUCACAGACCACAGGAGCCUCACUGAAGUGGACCUCUCCUACUGUGAGGUAAGUAACGUUGGUGCUAAGGCCUUGGCCAAAGCAUUGCAGCGCAACACAACCCUAACCGAUCUCAGAUUCUAUGGAUGUGAGAUUGAUGAUUUCGGGGUUGAGGCCUUGGCUGAUGCCAUGCAGCACAACAAGACCCUCACCAAGCUCCACUUCCGCGAUUCUCCGUUUGGCCGUGUUUUUACUCCCGAUGGCAAGGCACUGGAGCGAAUCUGGGAACGCAUCAAGGCAAACCAAGAAGCUGCUGCAGAGGUGGUGCAAAAGGAGGCGCAAGGGUGCAAAAAGGAGGAGGAAGAGGAGGAGCAAGCCGUGGAGAUUCACCGCAACAUCAUGUGCGAUGGUUGUGAAACAAAACAACCACUGAUUGGCAAGAGAUACAAGUGCACGACAUGCGCGGACUACGAUCUUUGUCAAAUUUGCCAUGCAAAACGUGACUCGAUCCACCCUGGGCAUGAGUUCGAGAAGAUUCCUGGUGUCUUGGAGCGACCUCAGGCCGCAAAGGUUGAAAAACCGCCAGACGAACCUGACCUUGCAGAUGUGUUUCCAGGACGCGCUAGAAUUCAGGACGGUGAUUCUUAUUUGAUGAUGGGUAUGACCGCGCAUUCAUGUGUGUCAGUGGCAACAACCUGGAUUCAUAUAAUUGAUUUAUAUUUGGAAAUCUCAUCUUGUGCAAUGAUGUUGGGUUUGAUUGAGUUGAACUUUAUUGUUGCAUUUGUGCGCAUCCAAUAUCAAGUUUUAAGCUCAACUGUGCCAAAUUUUCAUGUACGCCCAAAAUAA